AUGGCGGCGGCGGCGACAAUGACGUGGCACGAGGAGCUGGCCACGCUCGUCGGCGACACGGGCGUGCGCCUCCCUGCCGCGGCCGGGGGCGCGGCGCCGGCGCCCAAUUCGGCGGCGGCGGUCGGGGGCGGCUGGUACGGGGAGGAGGAGGAGGGGAAGGUGGAGGAGGGGUGGGCGCAGCAGGCCAGGGGGUUCGCCGAGUCCACGGCGGAGAUGCUGCGGGAGCUGGGGCUCGGCGUGUGGGACGUCGCCGCGCAGAGCCUCGCCGGCGCCGAGGACAGCGAGCUCGCGCGGCGGCUGCGGCGGCCGGCGGCGGCCGCGGGCAAGCGCCUCAGCUUCAUGAACGAGUACCUCCCCGAGGACCGCGACCCCGUCAGGUGCUGGGUCGUCGUUGCCGCCGUCGCAUUCGUCGCGCUCCUCGUAUUAGGUGUAGGGGGUGGGGAUGAUACCCCAGUGGAGCAACCGAAGAAACUUUACAUAAGCCCCCCAAAUGCUAAAAGAUUUCAACUUCCUGAUGGACGGCACCUGGCUUACGAAGAAAAAGGAAUUUCAGCUGACAGGGCAAGAUUUUCACUGGUUGCUCCCCAUUCUUUUCUUUCGUCAAGGCUAGCAGGAAUCCCUGGAAUCAGCUCAUCACUUCUAGAGGAAUUUGGGGCACGACUUGUGACCUAUGAUCUUCCUGGUUUUGGUGAAAGUGAUCCUCAUCCAGGCCGAAAUCUGAAUUCUUCUGCAUUAGACAUGCUUCACUUGGCCGAUGCCCUUGGGAUUGUGGACAAGUUCUGGGUUGUAGGCUAUUCUGGAGGUGGCAUGCAUGCUUGGAGUGCUCUGCGCUACAUUCCUGACCGGGUGGCAGGUGCAGCAAUGUUCGCCCCUAUGGCAAAUCCGUAUGACUCCAAAAUGACCAAGGAUGAGAAACGUAAAAUUUGGGACAGGUGGUCAACUAAACGGAAACUAAUGCACAUUUUAGCUCGGAGAUUUCCAUCACUAUUGCGCCUCUUCUAUCACAGAAGCUUCCUUUCUGGAAAGCAAGGACAGACUGAGAGUUGGUUAUCAUUGUCAAUGGGAAAGAAGGACAAAACCUUACUGGAAGCUCCUAUGUUCAACGCAUUCUGGGAAAAGGAUGUUGCAGAGUCUGUGCGCCAGGGAGAUGCGCAACCAUUUGUAGAGGAAGCUGUGCUGCAAGUAUCUGAUUGGGGAUUCAGUUUGUCAGACAUUCAAAUGCAGAAGAAAGAGGAUCAGGGAGUAUUUGAAUUUAUCAAGUCUCUGUUCAGUCAGGCUGAACGAGAGUGGGUGGGAUUUCUGGGCCCAAUCCACAUCUGGCAGGGAAUGGAUGACCGGGUGGUGCCCCCAUCGGCGACCGAGUUUGCCCGGAGGAUGGUUCCAGGAGCCACUGUCCACAAGCUUCUGGACGAAGGCCACUUCUCAUACUUCUGUUUCUGCGAUGAGUGCCACCGUCAGAUAUUCUCCACCCUGUUUGGCACCCCGCAGGGCCCUCUGAAUCCUGCACUGGAAUCCAGUGAAGUGGCCCCGGAACCGGUGGAAGAAACAAGCCCUGCAUAUGACGAAGAAGUUGCAGGGCAGGAGCAGGAAACAUCAGGCGUGGCCUGA